AUGGCGCAGGGCUCGAUCAAAAAGUCCAACAAGGCCGCCGCGCCAAAGGCCGUCCACUCGAAGCGCCAGGCCUCCAAGGUCACCAAACCCAAGAAGAAGGUCAACGCCGACAAGAUGCUUAAGAAAUUCACAUCAGGCAUGGUAGCCAAGACGGAGGCGCUGCUGGGCGAGAGAGCGGGCCAUCUCGAGCUGAUUGGACCCGGAAAGAAAGGGAGCAAAAAGUUGUCGCAGAAGGGAGGAUCAAAGAAGUUUGGCUAA